GUGGUACCAAAGCCCCAUUGGCCAAUCGUCGCUACCAGCUCGUCGACCGCAUCUCACAGAUGCGUACUAAACUGCACAGUGCUCGCCUGUAUUAGGGUUUAUAUGCGUUGAGUUAGCUAGAAAAGUCACUCGAUCAACAACAUCGGUUUAAACAUCGUCCUCGGGUACUUUUGUGUCGGAUUCGUCGGUUCUUUCCACUCCAUCACCAUGACGGCGGACACUGAGCUCCACGCUAGGAACGGACAUGUUCUGCCGGAGCCGCCGGCGUCGAUUGACACAUUUGAUCACUCGUACAAAGAACAGGAAGGCCCCAAACCUCCCAAGGAAAUAGUAUGGAAAAAUGUAGUAUUGAUGACCUUCCUGCACGCCGGGGCAUUCUACGGAUUGUUCCAAGUCCCCUCAGCAUCUUAUAUGACCUUGCUUUGGUCCGGCGUGUGCUUUGUGAUCAGUGCUUUAGGGGUAACAGCGGGAGCCCACCGUUUGUGGAGUCACCGGACUUACAAGGCCUCCCUACCCCUACGAGUGUUUCUUGGCUUGGCUAACUCCAUGGCCUUUCAGAAUGACAUCUUCGAGUGGGCACGAGACCAUCGGGUCCACCAUAAGUACUCUGAGACGGACGCAGACCCCCACAACGCCGUACGGGGAUUCUUCUUUGCCCACAUUGGAUGGCUCAUGGUUCGCAAGCACCCCGACGUCAUAGAAAAAGGACGCAAGCUGGAGCUCAGUGACCUGAAGGCAGAUAAAGUUGUCAUGUUUCAAAGGAAGUACUACAAGUCGUCUGUGGUGCUCAUGUGCUUCAUGCUGCCCAUGGUGGUGCCCUGGUACAUGUGGGGAGAGUCCCUUUGGGUGGCCUACUUUGUGCCUUCCCUGCUGAGGUACACCCUGGUCCUCAACGCCACCUGGCUGGUCAACAGCGCCGCCCACAUGUGGGGCAACAGGCCGUACGACACCGGCAUCAACCCCAGGGAGAACAAGUUUGUGACCUUCAGUGCCAUAGGUGAGGGAUUCCACAACUACCACCACACGUUCCCAUACGACUACGCCACGAGCGAGUACGGCAUGAAGCUGAAUCUCACCACCUGCUUCAUCGACUUCAUGUGCUUCCUGGGCCUGGCGACGGACAGGAAGAGGGCCUCCCGGGACAUAGUGCAGGCCCGGGUACAGCGCACGGGCGACGCGAGCAUUCGAAGUGGCUAAGAGGGCCAGCCAGAGGUAGAAAGCGAGGGGGAGAGAGGGAGAAACAAAACGGCCUGCAUCAACAGAACCGUCAUCAAAAAGGACGUCAAAAAUCCUGAUUGUGUGUUUUUUGAUCAUUGUUUUAGGAGCCGUGUGUCUUUUUGUGUAGCUACAUCCAACCGCCACGAUAACAUCGCAUUCUGUUGAUAUUCAUACAUUACUCUCGUGUCUACGAAUAUCCAAAAUAUGAAAAGAAGGUUUACCCCAUUUAAAAGUGUGACACUUUUAUUCAUCCUGACUUUGUUGGGUUGAAGCGGAAAACAAAAGAAAGUGUAGAGGAGGAUGACAAUCCAUGAGCUCUAUUCCAGAAUAACCGCUGCUAUGGACCGCUCAAACACACAUACACACAUACACACACACACACACACACACAGCCCCGGUUAAACGGGGAUGGUGAUAACGUUGCAAACGGCAAUCCGUAAUGAAAUCUCUAAAAGAGUAAUGGGAGUAGCUUCAGUUUCAACCCUUGGCUACGUCUCCCUUAGCACUUUGUAGUAUUCUGUCGCGACAACGCAAUUCGCAACAGUUAAAUCGGUUGCCACAGAUGAGUUUACUAGUUGCCAGAUAGUAGAGAACCAAAAAAUGUGACUGAGAAUAUUCCCCUUUGUCUCGUGUGGCGCUUAAUUUGGACACAUUAGCCCUGGGAUUGACUACAAUCGGUGUGUACAGUGUUUCAGUGUCAAAUAUACUGUAUAACUUGCAGUGACAUUAUAGUGGGGAACAUACGGCUAUACUGUUUAGAGACGCUAUAUACACAGUGAUGUAAGCAAACGAAUACUUUUUCCAAUACCUUCAGUAUAUUGGGUAACUUGUAUACUGAAGUUGUCGUCAUAGCGUAGAGUAAACCAUUCAAAUAUAUUCCUUUACAACUCCCCUGAUAUAUUUCAAACGGAAAUCAGUUACCUAGGAAGAACGAUCUUUUCAAUCGGUUACACACUUUUUUUUUUUGUGUAAGGCUAAGUCUGCGACAGUUUUCUCCAAAACAACGGGAAAGAUGUGACAAAUGUCCAACAUUCUAACUGCCAUUCCUUGACAAUCUCUGACGUCAAGGGUUGCUUUGUUACUCGUACGGGCAGAUUCCGACGGGCUUCAAUCUGCUAAGGCUACGAAAUAUGCCAUGGUCUUCAGAACGUGCCAAUUGUUGACGUGUUUUUUAUUUUUUUCUUCAUCUCAUGCACAUGUGGCCCAUCUAUAUCAGAGUGUGGGUUUUCUAUCGCUUCUGCGCUAUAAUAUCUUAUAGGAGGGUUUUUGGAAGUUUGGUAGUUUGUUGCUUUGCUUUAUUCAAGACUUGUCUCGUUCCUGGCUAAGAAAAAAAAUAUUCUAUAUAUCUAAUGUAUGGAUAUAUAUUGAUUUCUUUAUGUAGUAUACGGCAUGGGGCGGAAUGACCCUGUGUUUUGGGGUCCUGUAGCAGACGGUUAUGUAACAGUUCUGGUGUCUCAAAAUGAUGUGCUGUGCAUGGAAUACAUGUUGUGGUGCACUUACCUUAACCUAGCGAUUUUUAGUGGCGAAAAACCCCUAAAGAACCAAAAGCAUAGCUUUUGGAUAAUCAGAAACUGUUUUGCUUUGGUUUUCUUUGUAUGCCAAUGCCUGGUUUCCCCUUUCGGUGUCUUUUGCUCGGUUGAUUGUCCUGAAAAGAAUUUGUGACGCGUUUCUAUAUUUCAUCUUAAUAUCUGGUUGUACGCUGGGCUUGAAUGCAUAUUCAUUUAUUUAUUUUGUUGCCUGUUUUGGUUAAGUUAUUGUAUGUCCAUGAGGAAGAAAUAUAUUCAUUUAAAAAGGCGGAAACAAAACUGCUUUCUGAAAUGUUAAUAUUUUCCUUAACUAUAUUGAAUUCUAUUGAAUAAGAGCCUGAUAUGAUGCCUAAAAAGUCAGGAUAAAGCCUAAUGCCUUAUGACUUACAUCCAUUCCUGAUCUGUUUUGUAAUCCUGUCAAUUAUGAUAAAAGUGCAACUUUAUAAAGCAAAUCAGAAGGUUUGAUUUUACAAUCUUAACACCUCACUUAACUCCUACCUACCACACAAGCAUUUCAAUACAAGUGUAAGAAGUUUUAAGUAAUGGCAAAACGAAAUCACUUUUAGUAGCUGGUGUUCAUUUCAGAAUUUAAACAAGAUACGGAUUGGUGACCAGCAGUGAAUGUUUACCUUGGUGUUUUGUAAGUCAUUAAACUUAGUGGUCCUGACCGGUUUGUUCUAGUACAGGUAUAGCUGCAUAAAUGCAGUGUUAUUUUUUCGGGGAACUAUCAUAGAAAGUACUAAAACUUAACAAGCCACAAGCCAUCCAAACAUCGAUUGCUGUUCAGAACUGUUUGACACGAUACAUCAUUCAUGGACUGCUGAGGAGGCACAAGGAUCUUCUGAAUGACAUGUGAAAUAUAAAUAUAUUCUGAAAUAAAAAAAUACACUGUAUUUUCAUUACUCUUCC